UUAGGGGGGGUUAUGAAGGACCCUUUUGGGGUGCCCCGGCUCUCCCUAAGCAGCCCAGGAGGGUGGGGACACUGAGGGGAGCGGCGGUGGCCUCAUUGUGGCCAUGCGGGGCCCCCUGUCACGAUUUGGGGGUGGCACGAAGCUGUCAAUGAUUAAACUGCAGUGCCUGGCGGUGGUGGCGGUGCCUGGUGGCACUGCUGGUGAUACURCUGGGCAGCAGCCAGAGGACAUCGACCUGGGCCCGGGAGUCCUGUCGCCUCCCUCCCUGCCAUGAGACGGGCAGGGGUGGUCUGGAAGCGCCGGGAGACCCUCGGCGGUCCUGCGGUUCCCGGGAGCGGUGACAGCCCCACGUGGUCCCCGCCAUGUCCCCCGGAACGGCGACAAUGCCAUCUCAGCCCCGUCCCUCUCCUCCCGAAGACGCCGCCAGCCCAUGCCAGGCGUGUCACCUUUGAGGAUGAGGUGGUGACACCGUGGGGACCCGUCCGUUCUGCUACAGACAGCGCUGUCGCCCCAAAACUGUCCCCGCGGCACAGCGCAGUCCCGGACUAUGUGCUGAGGUACCCAGCAAUCCGGAGCCCCCGGCAGCGGGACGGGUCCAAAGGGGUUUUCCAGGACCAGCGGGAGGAAUACCUGGAUCUGCUCCGUGAGCUCCGUGUCACUUGUCACUCCCCGAGUACGACGGAUCUAUCCCGGCUGGAGAAGCUGCAGCGCUGUGAGUACCUCAAGGAGAAGCUGACGCACCUCAAGGCGCGGAUCCGGGACUACGAUCGUGUCACCGCCGCCAACCCCGGCGGCUCCUGAGCCCGCGCAAGGCCGGGACUGUUGGGGCCAAAUGGGGACAAUCCCCCGCCUCGGUCAUCCCGAGGGCUGGGCAGGGGGAGGCGGUGUCGCGGGGAGAACCCGGAGCUCACCCAUCCAUUGCACCCCUCAUUUUGGGUCUUUGGGGAGCUUCGGGGGCUCCGACCUCCUUCCUGUCCCCCGGGCUGUGUAGCCUGUCACCUCCGUGAAUUGGCGACCCCCUCCAGGGGAAGGGGGCGAGGCGGCACACGCUGCUUUAAUUUAAUAAUCAGUCUAAUUAACGCGGUGGUGGUCU